AUGUACCGGCGGUUUGUGGCCUUUCAGAGGCGUCACCCCGUGUUUACCAGUGCAGCCACAGGAGGUGCGGUUAUGAGCUUGGGCGACACGGCUGUUCAGCUCGCCGCAGCUGGAACUUGGGACUACCAACGAAAUGCAGUGGUCAGUGCCUACAAUGGAGGAAUGUCCCCUUUCUUCUACUACUGGUGGCAGCACUUGGAUUCAAUUUGGCCUGGAACUGGGGGCGCAGCUGUGGUGCGAAAGACCCUCGCGAACCAACUAGCCGUGGCACCAUUCAACAGCACCAUGUUCUUGACCUGGAGCACGGCCAUGGAGUCUCUGAUCAAAGGUGACUGCGUGGCCGAUGAUGGCGGCCCCUGUCUGCAGACGAUCUGGGAGAAGGUGGCAUCCAAGGCGCAGGCCGAGAUUCCGAGCUUGGUGCUCUCUUCAUGUGGGUUCUGGCUCCCUGCAAAUGCGACGAACUUUAUGUUCAUGCCCAACCAUCUGCGGGUCGUCUUCAUGUCUUGCUGCGCUGUUUGCUGGGGAGCCUACAUCACCUACGUGGUGCACCGGUGA